CCCAAACAAAUACUGUAAGACCUGAAAUGGAAAAACAAUCCAAAGAAGAAACUGUUGCUCAACCACUGACAACAUCAGUGUCAUCUAAGGAUGAACAUAUGAAAGACCUGUCCAAAAUAAACAGCGAUGCAGAUUCAGGGCCAAAUUCAGUAGAUCAUAAAGGUGAAACUAGUCAGAUGUCUCAGAAAAUUCAAGUAAGGCACCAAGUCCAAGGCUCAAUCAAUAUCACCGACAAGAGUACUUUUAAUCGAACAGAGGAUAUAAAUGUCACAGCAGCAGCCAAAAAACUCCAGGAAAAAAGCCCUGUCAAAGAGAAUAUGAAUGAAACAGAUGAAAGUCAUGUCGAUUUUCAUGAAGCAUGCCAGAAAUUUGGAGGUAAAAAGGCAAUUUCAGUAAAGAAUGCCCCUGUAAAGCCAAAAAGAGUAAAAAUUGCCCAGCCCAACAACAGCCAAAAAGAUACAUCUGGAGAUAAUAAUCCACCUAUUCUCAUACAUGCAGAUGCAAAACCACAACAAACUAUAGCUGGUCCAUCCUACAGUGGCACAAACACCAGUGGUCAAACUGCUGACAGCAAAGACAGGCACGAGAGAGAAAUGAAACAAGAAAGCAAAGUUGAGAUGAGGGAAAAGAAAGGACGAACCGAGACAGAGGAUGAGCGCCGACAGCGGCUGUCAGUUCACAUGGACGAGAUCAUGAGGGGAAACAUAACAGCAGCCAUGGAAAUUUUUGACAACCUGCGAAAGCAGGAGGAACUGCAGAGCAUCCUCAGUCGAGUUGAAGAAAUUGAACAGGACACAAGUGAGGUUGAUGUGCAGUCUCUGAGGAGAGUAUUUGAGAACGUCACUGACUGGGUUGUCAGUUCUGACAAAAAGAAACAAAAAGAGGUAAAAGUGGAACAUAGAGAGGAGAAGUCACCAUUGAAGAGCGACCCUGAAAGUAAGUCCUCAAUGGCACAUGUUUUUGGAGAUCUUGAGAGAGCCAGUGAGGAAAUCAUGAAUCUAAAAGAGCAGACCUUAGCCAGACUCAUAGACAUAGAGGAAGCCAUUAAGAAGGCUCUUUAUUCUGUCUCUACAUUGAAAUCUGACUCAGAUAUUGCUGGUUUAUCAUGCCUGUUCAAAGAGUCCUUAGGGACAGUGCAAGGAUCCCCAUCCUCUGGUAAUAUUAGUAAAAUUAGCAUUGGGUCAAGCAGAACAAAAUCACAGCAGGCACAGGGAAGCCCUACCACAAAGGGAAACACAGCUCUCUUAGCUGGGCCAAGCACAAGCAAUGAAGUAGCCUCUGCAAAACGAGCAAGUCCCCCAUCCUCACCUGCCUUCAUCUCCAUCCAGUCAGCUGCUAGAAAAACAGAUAAAACAGAUGUGGUGGCACCAGAGACCACAAUCUGCCCGACAUGUCAGCAAAGCCCAAAGAUAGAGGAGAAAUUCCGGACAACAAAGACCCUGACAUGCAACAGCCCUGCUCAAAACAGAAAGAGGGAUCCCAGAAAAGGAGGUCAAAAACAACUGACUUUCAGCCCACUUAAACCUAAGCGAGAGCUCAGUGUACUCGAGGUGCAGACUGAACGUGUGGGGAACAGUGUUAUAGGAACCAAAACAGUCACAGAGAACUAUGAGCAAAACGAUAGCUUUGGUAACCGGUUUUACUCAUCAAAAACUUCCACUGUUGUCACUACUCACCCAGAAACCAUGACAACAACGCAUCAGGUCACAACAUACCCAGAAGUUCGGCUGCCAAUCAAUCAGAAACUUUAAAUCAGGCCCAGUUAGUCAUUGUAUAUAUAAGUUUGGACAGUGUUUCUCAUUUGUAUUUCAUGUACAUAAUUUUAUUAGCCCAAGAUAUUAAUUGUGUUGGUUGUUAUUGCUUGUUUGUUUAUUUAUCAGAGGUUUAAGAUGUUCUUAUUGAUGUUUAAGGAUUUCUUUUUAGCUUGUAUUCUUUUACUGUUUUUGACUUAGAUUUGAAAAUUAAAUACAGAUUUUUGAUUUUAA